UUUACGUACAUAAAAAAAUUAACUUAUUGUGCACAAAAUUUGUUACACGAACACUGCACAGAAAAAUGUACACACGGUUUGUUAACCGAAAUAUGCUAGAAUCUGGUAAAUUUCGUUACUAAAUGGAGUUUUUCUCUCAGACGGAGAGCGAUAGAGAGUAAAUGCCAUACAAAAUGAGAGAAAAGCAAAUCAUGCGAUGCUUGCACGAAGAAAUAUUUUGUGUUACGCUCUCACAUUCUGAGAGAAUCCUCACAUUGAUCAAGUUAGUGUGAAACAAAAUGUCGGACGCUAAAUAUUUGGCUGUGAAUUUUCAAGGCGACAAAGCGUGGGUUAAGGUGAAUUUCAGUGGAAAUCUGCAGUAUUGUGAUUUAGAAAGUGCAGCACGUGAACAAUUGAACAUUCGUGGGGGCAAAUUGGAAAUCUUCGACGAAAAUUCUAUCAAGCUUGUUCCGGCCACAUUUUCGGAAUUGGCCAAGGAAUCAUUCAUUCUGAGGCAUACUGAAACGUGUGAAACUUCAUCUUGUUCUGCUACAGAAUCAGCUUCCACAGGAACUACUAGCAUUGUAGAAGAUUCUGCUUCUGCAGUUCACGGAGGCGGAGCGGAGGGCCCCUCAAAUAUUGUGAAGGCUCCAGAACUUUUCUACAAACUUAUUGUGAAGGAACUUCGAGAAUAUUUUAAAAUACAAAGAACUGUUGUUGUGAAAGGUUCAGACCUCUUAAAGAAGACCUCAUUGAACAGCCAAGAGCGAAAAAAAGUGAUCCAUAUUGUUGCAAACCAUCUUCUGCUUUUCCGACCAAACCCAAAAAAGGCAGACAAAAUUGCUUAUGCAAAAGCAACAAUUGAAUUGUUCCCGUGUCUAAAAAUUGACACCGAACUUGGAUACGAUUCUGUGUACAAUCCCAAAAAUCGCGCUGGCUUUCUUGGCAACUGCCUAAGAAGGAAAAUAUUCGUAAGGAAAUCUAUAAAUUUAGUUUUCGACUCUAAAGAUGAAGAAAACGAAAAUGUGAAUCCAUCUGAAGAUGAACUUGACGAUUCUGCGUUGGAAUCUAUUAAGGAGGAUUUAAAAGUAUGCUGUUGGCGACAACACAAACGAAAAAUUGUUGAUUGUAUGAAGAAAACCUUUAAAUAUCGUCGGAACUUUUUGCAGACAUCUCUGAAAAGUAAUAUUCUUUUGGAAUAUCCGAGAUUUCAAGACACAUACGGAUUGAUCCACCAAGACUUCAAGACGUUGUAUCCGGAUGAUCAUGAAAAUUUGGUUGGUCUGUUUCAACCAGAUUUCCAGGAAAAGUUGCAGACUCUCGGUAAUUUAAACACCAUUACAGGACAAAAUAAAGACUGGUGUUCCGAAAUCAUUGCGACACUCUGUUGGAUAACGCUACUGCGUCCGACUGGUAAUGGCCGCGGAACUAAACGACCACCUUUAAAGAGAGCAUUCAUGGAUUUCAUUGUGUUCCAAUCGGAAAAUGAGGAACUAACUCCGAAAUCGUCUCCAACUAUAAUUGCACAAGGUGGAACACGAUCCGAU